UUUACCAAAGUUAAGAUCUUCUUUAAUUUACAAAAAUGGCUUCUGAAGAAGUAGUUCAGUUUCCUGAUGAUUUUUUGAUUGGAACCGGAUCUGCCGCAUAUCAAAUAGAAGGAGGAUGGGACUCAGAUAAUAAGUCUCCUAGUAUAUGGGAUCAAUAUUUCCAUAGUAAAAACAUCAUUGUCUCCAAUCCAUCAGUUGUUACGUUGGGACCCAAGAAAAAAUGUUCUAAUUUUCAUAAAGGAACAGAUAUCCAUAGUGAAGAUCCAUCUCGUGGUUUCUCAAUUGUCAACGGAGAUAUUGCGUGUGAUUCUUACAACAAACUCGAUGAAGAUAUUAUGAAUUUGGUUGAACUUGGGGUUAAUACAUACCGAUUUUCUAUAAGUUGGCCAAGAGUUUUGCCAUAUGCCGAUGACCGUAAAGUAAACGCUGCUGGAGUUGAAUAUUACCAAUCUUUAAUUCAAAAUCUUUUGGAUAACAAUAUUACACCAGUGGUAACAAUGUACCACUGGGAUCUACCGAACUGUCUUCAAGACCUUGGUGGUUGGUCGAAUCCAAACAUUAUUGAAUAUUUUGUAAAUUAUGCAAGUUUUAUUUUCAGAACAUUUGGCUCACAAGUCAAAAUAUGGACUACAAUUAAUGAACCCAGAUUCGUAGCUUUGGCUUAUGGUAAUGAGAACAUAGCGCCCAGUGUUGGUGAAUCGUUCAACGGUAUCGCUGAUUACAUGGCCAUUCGCAAUGUGUUGCUUGCCCACGCGGCAGCUUACAAGUUAUACAAGAGCAAGUACUUCGCUGAACAGCAAGGUGAGAUCAGUUUGUGUUUAGACACAAUGGCGUAUUUUCCAAAAAAUCCAGAUCUAGAGGAUGACCUCAUUGCUGUUAAAAAAUCAUACGAUUUUAAUAUUGGGAUAUUCACUCAACCAUUGAAAAACGGCACAUUCCCACAAUCAGUGUUAGAUGGUAUCGCUACAACCGAUGAAUAUGAAAAUAUAUCUUUAAAGCGUAUCGUUGAAUUCAACGAAAAAGAAAAAGAAAUUCUCAUAGGAUCAUAUGAUUUCAUUGCCUUCAAUUAUUAUGAAUCAUUCUUAGUAACAACAAUGACUGAAAAAGAUUACUUAAAUGAGACAUACUUACUAAAUAGAGACUUGGGAGUAGUAUCUACUCCGAAUUCAAACAAUAUGGAAGAUAGCUUCAGAGGAUUUACUGAUGUGAUAAAUUGGUUUGUGGAACACUUAGACAAUCCAAAACUGUUUGUUGCUGAAAAUGGUAUUUUUGAGAAACCAAAUGAAGAUGAAAGUGAAAAAAAAAUUAAAUAUCAUCACGGCAUUUUGACGGAACUCUACAAAGCCUUAAAGAAAGGUGUUGCUAUUAAAGGGUAUUGUGUUUGGUCGUUUAUGGAUUCAUUGGAAUGGACAAGUGGAUAUUUUGUUAAAUUGUUUGGUAUAUAUGCAGUGGACUUUAAUCAUCCGAACAGACCUCGUGCCAAGAAGUCAUCAUUUGAGUUCUUCCAAACACUUUUCAAAACAAAAACCUUACCAUCUAUCAAAUCUAAUUAAUACUCGUAAUAUCUCAAUGAAAAAUGGGUUUUUUUUAAAGGGUUUAAAUAAUUUUCAACACUUACAUAUUUUUAAAUUAAGUAAUAAACUAUCAAUGUAGUU